GGUGGCAGACGCUGUCGCUGCGCACACCUGGCCUCCGUGCCGCCUGCUCCCUGCUCGUCCUCCCCUCCCCACCCUCACCCACCUGCCAUGGACGGGCCCACUGAGCCCCAGAUCCCGGGCUUGUGGGACACCUAUGAACCUGACAUCUCGGAAAUCAGCCAGAAGUUGCCAGGUGAAUACUUCCGGUACAAGGGCGUCCCCUUUCCCGUCGGCCUGUACUCUCCCGAGAGCAUCAGCUUGGCGGAGAACACCCAAGAUGUGCGGGAUGACGACAUCUUUAUCAUCACCUACCCCAAGUCAGGCACGACCUGGAUGAUCGAGAUCAUCUGCUUAAUCCUGAAAGACGGAGAUCCGUCCUGGAUCCGCUCCGUGCCCAUCUGGGAACGGGCACCCUGGUGUGAGACCAUCGUGGGUGCCUUCAGCCUCCCGGACCAGUACAGCCCUCGCCUCAUGAGCUCCCAUCUUCCCAUCCAGAUUUUCACCAAGGCCUUCUUCAGCUCCAAGGCCAAGGUGAUCUACAUGGGCCGCAACCCCCGGGACGUCGUGGUCUCCCUCUAUCAUUACUCCAAGAUUGCCGGGCAGUUAAAGGAUCCGGGCACGCCCGACCAGUUCCUGAGGGACUUCCUCAAAGGCGAAGUGCAGUUUGGCUCCUGGUUCGACCACAUUAAGGGCUGGCUUCGGAUGCAGGGCAAAGACAACUUCCUAUUUAUCACCUACGAGGAGCUGCAACAGGACUUACAGGGCUCCGUGCAGCGCAUCUGCGGGUUCCUGGGCCGCCCGCUGGGCAAGGAGGCACUGGGCUCCGUCGUGGCACACUCGACCUUCGGCGCCAUGAAGGCCAACACCAUGUCCAACUACACACUGCUGCCUCCCAGCCUGCUGGACCACCGUCGCGGGGCCUUCCUCCGGAAAGGGGUCUGCGGCGACUGGAAGAACCACUUCACGGUGGCCCAGAGCGAAGCCUUCGAUCGUGUCUACCGCAAGCAGAUGCGGGGGAUGCCGACCUUCCCCUGGGAUGAAGACCCGGAGGAGGACGCCAGCCCGGACCCUGAGCCCAGCCCCAAUCCUGAGCCCAAGCCCAGCCUUGAGAUCAACAGCCUGGAGCCUGAAACUAGACCCAAUUCCAGCCCCAGCCCCAACCCUGGCCAGGCCUCUGAGCCCCCGCACCCACGACCCUGAGAAUAAACACGUCGCUUC